CCCGCGAGUGAGCGCAGAUCGUCGCUGGUGUUGUUGUUGCCGCCGGUGUGACUCGCGCUCACUCUCUGUCCCGCUGCCUCACGCGCGCACCGGACAUGUUCCUGCUCCGGCAUGUGCGCGUGGCUGUCAUGGCCGCCGCCGCUGCGUUCGGAGCCGCUGUGUUUAUGACCAUCAACCUGUUCUACAGCAGGAGAGUGUGGACACCGGAAGACUACUGCACCUUUAAAGAGGAGGAAGAAGAGCGCAGACAGAAGCAGGUCCUCGUCCUCGGCUUAGACGGCGCUGGGAAGAGCAGUGUUCUGCAGCAACUAAACGGCGCAUCUAGCAAGAGAAAGUGCGCCCCAACGCGUGGCUUCAACUUCAUCCGUCUCCACACACCUGCUUGUGAAUUCGACUUCCUAGAAAUUGGAGGUGGUGAGGACUUGCGUGCCUACUGGGCCGAUUUCCUGAAGAGAGCACAUAUUUUGUUGUACGUGGUCGACUCCUCGGACAGAAAACGACUCCCGCUGGCUAAAGAUGAACUUCACCGCCUUCUCAGCAUCGACACACAGCUUCCAGUUGUAAUACUGGGAAACAAACAGGACAAACUGGACGCCGUUAGCGUGUCUGAGCUGUGCGACGCUCUUUCUCUGGGCUCAGUGCCGGAUCAGAGGAAGCUCUUCCUUCUCCAGCUCAGCUCUGUGGGAGAACCUGAGUCCUGCAGUCUCCAGAAUCUUCAGGAUCUGCUCAUCAAACUAGAGUCUGAUCAAAGCUAGGACGGUGUAGGAAGGGAUCUGUAGGAUGUCUCGAAGUCUCAGGAUGAACAAGCUUGAUACAAUCAAAGGGGUUGUUGUAAACACUUGCUGUUUCUCAGCAGGAUUGUGAGGCAGGUAUGAGGAGUGAAAGUGAAAUCACUUUAUUCUUCCUUAAACAAUGCUAUCGUAUAAACUAUUAGAAUCCGUGUAAUCAAUAUGUGUGGCGGACUGGGAAAACCCAUCAGAUAUCUCUGGCAGAAUUCGGAAAAAAAAAUUAGUCUUUCUGCUAAUAAUAUACUUUGACAGUGUUGUUUUUUUUUUUUAUUCUCAACCAUUUCAUUCCUUGCUAUUGGUCACAAAUAUGGAGGCUACAAGAAAAUGGUCACAUGACUAAGACAGAGCAGUAUUGCCAGAAUGACCUUUACUUCAUAUCUGAUAUUCAUACCUAAAAAAAAAAGCCUGUUCAGUAUAAACAGUCAGUUUAAAAACUUGCUAGCUAAGUUCGAUUUCCUCACAUUGAGAAUUUCACACUUUGCUCGCGUUUAUCGAUAGCUAUGUGCCGUAACAUAAUGGACGUAACAAAAGGUUACGUAAUUUAGUCUGUCAUCAGAUAUGUUCUCUCAAAAUGUCCGGGAUGCCACUAGAAAGAAGAGCGCUUCUGUACACAUGCUCUACAGAUGAUAUCAAAGUUUUAAGGUUUAAAUGGCCCAAUAAAGGACAUUAACAGAGGGAAAUUUGGCCAACAAACCAAAAGGAAGCGAUUAUAUCCUAGAAAAACUUUCCAUGAACUGAGAUCAGUCGAGUGAUGAGACAAUUAGCACACUUGGACGAAAGUGCUAUCUACCCUCUUCCGCAUACCUGAGCUCAAACUCAGAGGUCUACGAUUGACUAGUGUUGUUCUGAUUGACAGGGGAGAGUAUGUACAGUAUUGUGCAAAAGUCUUAGACCCCCUCCCUAUUUUUUCCCCAUACAAACUUUGUUAUAGAUUUAUAUUUUAUGACUUCUGCAUUGAGUCACAACAUUACAAAAACAUUUUAACGUUCCAAACGUUUGUUUUUUUUCCAGCACAAAAUUAAAUGUUGCAGGAAAAAAAAUGUUUGGAAUGUAUCUGAGCAGCAUAUUCCAUCAGAGAGCACUUUUCAGAUUCAUCUCAUCUCAUUAUCUGUAGCCGCUUUAUCCUGUUCUACAGGGUCGCAGGCAAGCUGGAGCCUAUCCCAGCUGACUACGGGUGAAAGGCGGGGUUCACCCUGGACAAGUCGCCAGGUCAUCACAGGGCUGACACAUAGACACAGACAACCAUUCACACUCACAUUCACACCUACGCUCAAUUUAGAGUCACCAGUUAACCUAACCUGCAUGUCUUUGGACUGUGGGGGAAACCGGAGCACCUGGAGGAAACCCACGCGGACACGGGGAGAACAUGCAAACUCCGCACAGAAAGGCCCUCGCCGGCCAUGGGGCUCGAACCCGGACCUUCUUGCUGUGAGGCGACAGCGCUAACCACUACACCACCGUGCCGCCCAACUUUUCAGAUUAAAAAAGAAAACAUAAUGAAGGCUACUGGGUUUUGGUGUAAAAUGAAGAAGUGAGUGUGACAGUCAGUGUCCAGAAGAACUGCGGCUGGUUCUGUAAGAUGCUCAGUAAAACCUACAGCUCAUUUCCACAUAAAACUGACCUCACUGGACCGGAGACUACUAUUUUUUUUUAAAAGCAAAGCAAAAUUAGUCUCACACCAAAUAUUGAGUUUGUUUCAUUUAUUAUGGCUCACUGAUUACUGUUUAUAGUAUUUUUUUUAAAUGUUGAAACAUUUAAUUUCAUUAUUUUUUAAGCCACUUUUGGUCGACAGCGUUUCUUUACAUGUGCCUAAGACUUUUGUACAGGACUGCGUGGAUACAUGUAUGUCCAGGUGUGUAUGUAUGCCCCUCCCACUCUGAGAGCACGCCCGAUUUUGCUCCCUUGUCUCCCAGAUACAUCGUCAGGAUAUAGCAAGUUCAGGAUUCCAACUCCAAGGAAAGGGCAUUUAUUACAUCAGGGGCUGAACCAUAUUCCAGGCUUCCAUUGCGAUUUUCCUCAAAAAACUUUUUUCUAAAGUCAACAAAACACAAUUGCGAACGGUUUCCACUGAGUGAUGUUAUGUGAUUAAAGCUGGGUUUUCUCCUUUUGUGAUCGCCACUCCAAUUAAACACAGCCUGAUAAGAGUCGGCUCUGUGAUUUCGAUCAAAUGUCAUGUGACUUAAAUGCGAAAAACGUGUUUCUAUUUCAGUUUCGUAAAAUAUUUCUUUGUCGAAUUGUUGAAAAACCACCUCAUGUGAGCGUAUAAACUUUUGCAUAUAACUUUUAACAAAUUGCACAUUAAGCAGGUGAGUGAAUAGAAACCUAUAGACGUGUAGACUGAUGAGGAUGAUGCUGAUCAAAGUGAGAACUCAUUUCCUAGUAUGAAGAUAUAAUUCUUUAAAACUUAUCAGUAAGAUUGUUGUAGUGUAAGUAAAUUGUAUUUUAUUCUAUCCACAUUCACUGGAUAUGAGAACUCGCGCACUCUGAUUGGCUACUCUACUACUAGGAUAUCAGCUCAUAUACCGUGAGUAGAGAAAAACAAAAUGGCGGAGCGUGUUGCGGAACCAACCGAGGAUGAAAUAUAAACUCUACUCGAAAACAUAAGCCCAAAAAAUACAAAAAAAAAGAAUUUUGUUUACAUUCUAAGCAGAAAUUAUUUUUUUGUAUAAAGUUUUUAUCUGUUGAAUUUGCAAAAAAUAAAAAUGCUCCGUUUCUCAAAAUCCAGUGAAUGUGGAGAGAAUAAACCAGUUAUUCCACUCAAUCCCGGUGCUACGCGCCUCGUCGGCUAUCAGCUCAUGUACGACUCGAUUUUGUGGAAUAACUGUUAAAUAUACUGUAGAAAAUAUUCCUGUUGGAAAAGUUUUCCCAGACCUCCACACACAUAAACACCUCCUGUUCUGCAUAACCGCAUGUUACAUGUCCAGGUUUGGGAUAUGAACUUUUUCCCACAUUACUUGUCGGAACUGCAUUUGUGAAAUGUUCAUGCACGCCUGUUUUACAGCUCGUCCUCUCGUUUCUAUACUGCAUGAGUUCUUAACGUUUGAUACCUCGGACACCUUUAUAAUCUUCACCGAAAUGUCAUGUAGGUUUGCAGAAAGGGGUGUUUUCGAGUCGCACAAUUGUACAAAUGCACAUUUAUAGUGUAAUCUAUAAAGAUUUGCGAUGUAAGAAGUCAGCGUUUACCUUUCCACAAGGACAGUACUACUGAUUCAUAGAAAUGCUGCUAUAUUUACCCACUGAUAUGUUAACGGUUAACCAGUGGAAGGUAGAUAACUUGAGAAGUUUUGUCAAUGUAAGUCAUGUGUAUAGUGUUGUGUACAAUGUGUGUGUGUUAUUUAAAUUCUGUGAAGGUGUAAAUUAUGAGCUCUGUUUGGACAUUUGUAAGCAGAUUCUAUAUAUUUUGUGAAUGGCUGGAGUGGAGCGGAGCGCUUGUGAUGGAUUAAAAAGAAAAGAAAUCUGAUCUGAUCUGUCGCUCUUCAGCUUCAGCACUGCGAUGCCGAUGUUUGAUUAAAACAAUAUCGCAAACGUCUACUCGUUAAUACAAUUAUACAAUCAGCCAAUCACGUAACAGCAGCUCCAUGCA